AUGGCUUCAGGACGCUCUGCUUCGGCCAGCAGCCACGGGAAGCGGUCCCUGGCCGGGGUCUGGAAGACGACGCAUGCGCCAGACUACGCGGGCUUGCUGGUCCUGCUGAUAGGAUGGAUACUCCUGGCCAGCCUCGUCACGCCGUUUCACCGCAUGUUCUUCAUCAACGACCUCAACAUCUCAUACCCCCAUGCCGUCCACGAGCGCGUCUCCGUGCCCAUGGUCUUUGUCUACGCCUUCGUCGUCCCCCUCGCCGUCUUCCUCGCCUACGGGCUCAUAUAUCGCCCCCCGGCCGCCAAGCACGAGGCCACUCUCCUUUCCUUUGCCAUCUCCGCUGUCCUCACCGGCUUCCUGACCGACAUUGUCAAAAACGCAGUCGGCCGGCCUCGUCCCGACCUGCUCGACCGCUGCCGCCCAGCCUCCGACACCAAGCCCAACCAGCUCGUCACCAUCGAUGUAUGCACCGCCCCAGACGGCCACGCCCUCCACGAUGGCUGGCGCUCCUUUCCCUCCGGCCACUCGUCCUUUGCCUUUGCCGGCCUGGGCUUUCUCAGCCUCUUCCUCGCCGGCCAGCUGCAUUUGUUUCGCUACGCGGCCGGUGGUCGGGACCUUAGCCGCGCCCUGCUUUGCCUGCUGCCCCUAAUCGGCGCCGCCUUGAUCGCCAUCUCGCGGUGCGAGGACUACCGCCACGACGUAUACGAUGUCUGCGUUGGCUCGGCGCUGGGCAUGGCCGUGGCCUACUGGAGUUAUAGACGACACUGGCCGAGGCUAUCCAGCCCGGAGUGCCAUGAGCCUUACCCGCGGCCGGGCUCCGAGGUCAGGUCUACGCGGUGGCACCGCGUUCGCGACGAAGAGGAGGGCGGGGCUGGUGGAGAUGCUGGCUACGAGCUGCAAGAGACUCGGACUACGUCGGGCUGA